AUGACCCCCGUUGCUCAGGGAGAAACUGACAUGGAGAGCCAUACUUCGGCUGUGGGCAGCCAGAACUCCAUGCUGCGCCGAAGAAUCUCCGAACCCAAUAACGCGACAUCUAACUCUGUCAACACAACGACAUCUCCGCCACCAAAGGAACGCCGCUCAGUGUGUAGCUUUUGUGGAGUGUUGUAUGAGCCGCCUACAAUUGAACCCACCCGCGAUGAGGCUUUGGAGAAGCACCUCAAAAUGUGUGCUGCCCAGCCACACGCCCGGAAUCGCAACAUACCCAAGUCCGAUGAGGAGGAAAGCCAACUUGACGAUGAUGAGCGCUCUGAAGAUGAAGAAAUGGCGACACCUUUAGAGAAUGGGUCGAGGCAUACAGCCGAACCCGAUGAAUAUGAGGACAGUGCUGUAGGCGCUGAAGACGAAUUGGCAGAAGGAGCUGAGCUGUAUGAGGAUGAAAAAGAUCGUGCCGAGUUAGAUGGAGAUGACGGCGAUGGGGAGGCACCUGAGGGCGAAUCCGAUGUUGCUCUCUCCAAUCAACUGCACGAAUUUUCUCGCGAACAAGACUCCGCCUCUGUGGAUAAGCGCCUUCACAACUUUUGGAACAUACAUGAUGUUCGCAAGUUUGCCGAAGGUUACGAUGCAAGCACGGAUGAAAUGAGUGCUACAUGGACUGCUGUUUUCCAUGAAUCUAAGCGUGGAAAGAAGCGCGACAUGCCAGAGCUCAUCGAGCGACCGAAUCCCUACAAAAAGUCCAAAGUCGAUCGUGGCGAAUUCCUCGAAAUCGCACCGCUUGAAGAUUAUCUAGCUCAACUCCGUGACCCUGAACUGCGCAGCAGUGACGAGCUCUAUGCCAUCACGGAGAAUGUUGCUUUUGCUUUGAAAGUGUGGCAGGAAGAGUAUUUGGCAAUCGACAGGCUUCAGAAAUUGGCCACGAGGCACAAUCUCAAGACCACGAGCGAUCCUAGGAAGCUUGAACGACCACAAGUGUUCGAAGACAAAAAGGAGGCAAUGCUGUACGGAUACAAGCAUGAUCCGAAGGAAGACAAAGUCGGCAAUCAAAAUCCCUUUGUGCAGGGCGGCUUUAAACCCACUCCCGCUCAGUACAGAAAGAUGUUGGUUAAAAAUGGUCCCAACAAUCCCAAUCCCGAUGGAUGGCCAACUAUUACCAAGUUUGAUGUCGAGCAUGUGCCGAAGUUUCAGAACCCUCCACGUGAAGACUUUGUUGGAAAAGCUACCCGCAAACGCAAAGCCGCGGAACUUGAAGCUGCCAGUAGAGCGAACGACUCUGAUGAAGCCGGGGCCAGUGAUGCACCUACGCCAGGCGAGCCCGACGGAGAUUUCGCCAACCCAGCGAAGCGCCGUGCUCGCACUCGUCGCCAAGCUGCUGAGGCCGAGACCCCUGAGUAUGGCGCUGGACGGGCUUUCGGUACCCGAGGUCGAGGUGGCCGUGUACGCGGCAGGGGUGCUGCUCAUGCGGGUUCUCGCGCGGGCUCGGAGGUUCCAAUGGCCCUGGCGCCGGCAAUGGAUGCUGCGACUGCUCGCUCAACCCCGGUGGGGGAUACUUUGUCGCAGUCACGAUCUGGAAGUUCGCAGUUGUUGCCGAUCGAGCCAGCCCCCAAUGGAACAGUGGUCCGAUAUUCUAAGAAAGGCCCCUCGGGGCCCUCUCCACCAGACGAGACGCCUGACGCCGCUGAGCUCGCUCGACGACAGAAAAUCGCAAACUCGAAGAAUCCAAAGCGUACAGAGGCCAUGCUUAAUCACUGGGCUCGCUUUAACCGUGAGGGUCGUGUCCGAAAUCCAAAGCGAUCCAAGGCCCAAAUCGAAGCAGACAGAGCUGCAGAGGCGGCAAGAAAGGCAAUAGAGGCGAGGCCUGGUAUCAAAAAGAAGAAGUCUGAGAGUCCAUCUCUUCCCUUACCCCGCGAGGCUGGCCUCCCGCCACCGGGAUUGGCUGCUCCGCCGCCUCACUUGGCCCCUGGCCCUCAUACGCAUACUCACCCUCACCCUCACCCUCAACCUCAUCCUCAACCUCAUCCUCAACCUCAUCCUCAACCUCAACCUCAACCUCAACCUCAUCCUCAUCCUCAUCCUCAUCCUCAUCCUCAUCCUCAACAUCAUCCUCACCCCCACCCUCAUCCUCACCCUCAUCCUCAUCCUCAUCCCCAUCAUGCUCCGACCCCACAGCUACCACCCAUUGCCGCGGCACGAGCUCCAGGCCCACUGGCUCCCUAUCCGCCUCCAGCUUUGGAUCCCCGUGCUGUUGCCCCAUUUCCUCCUCGCGGGCCGCCGGGACCUCUUCAGCAGCCGCCCCAACCAUAUCGCACACCUUACCCUGAUUAUUACAGCCCUUAUGGGGCAGCCGCUGCGCUGCCUCCUCCAGGGCUUCCACAAAGCCAUCCACCGGGACCCACGCGCCCUGUUUAG